AUGGUCGCAAACGGAAGGAAGCCGGAACCGGAAGCGGGAGAGGAGGCGGCGGGCUGGGAAGCCGCUGCUGUCUUGUGGGUGGGGCGCUGUCAGGAGGCGGGGAGCGUCGUGGUGGCUCCUGAAGCGACGGCGAUGAGGCGGGAUGUGCGCAUCCUCCUGCUGGGGGAGGGUAAGCACUGGGGAAGCCCCCCCUCCCUAUGGCUGGAGGUGGUGCAGUGAAAUGAGGGGUGGAUUUAGGGGAGGGGGUCAGAGGUCAUGGAGGAUGCAGGUGAGGGAGGGGUCAGAGGUCGGGAAGGGUGGAGUUGGGGAGGGGGUCAGAGGUCAUGGGGUAGUCUCUGAGGGUUGCAACUGGGGGAUAUGGAUGCCUGAGAGGGAUUUAUAAUGCUGGAAGGCAGGUUUUCAGAAUGGGGGGGGGCGAGCCUUUUAGAGGCAUUUUUGACAGAAGCGGAGGGAAUGAAAGCUGGUAGACGAAACAUGGGGGGAACACAAUCCCAAGUGCCCCCCAGGCGCCUUUUGCUUUUGCUGAAACAGACUGACAUUUUGGAACAACCCUAAGGGUUCAGCUUGGAGAAAAAGAGAAUUAUCAUCACCAUCAUAAAUAGGUUAUUCUGAUUACAAAAUAUUAACUAAGGGUUAUCAAUAGCAUACUGUUGAGUGCAUCUUUAUACGUCUGACACAUUGGUCUCUGGCUUUUGAGAACUCAAGCCCUGGUGGGUUUGUUGUUAAGAUGCUUUCGGGCUCUUGGGUAAUAUUUAAUCUUUUGCCGAAAUCCGUUGGCAAUCGAAACUGUAGGCAGAUUGGGAAAUACGUGGAAAGCAGCUUAAAAUAAAGUCAACAGCACUAUAUUGUAUUUUUGGAUACAUACACAGAAUGCAAAUAUUUUAAAUAUAAUAGACCGCAAAAUGCAGAAAUUAACAAGCUCAGCUGCAGUCCUUUCCCAAUGACUGGAGAAAAAACCAGUGGAAUAUUGGUAAAGAUUUAACAGCAAUUGCUGUUUAUGGAAAUUCUGAAAGAAAAUUAAAAGGGCAAAUAUUGUGGGGUGGAUCAUAGCUGGGAGGAGUAUGAAAGGAUCAGAAGGAAGCAGCCUGUGACUUCAUCUAAAGUCUCAGUCACCAGCAUUGUUUCACGAAAAAGUAUAGGCUUGGGGAAAGGAGUUUGCAGCUGCUUUGCCGCUCCCUGUCAUGUUUUGCUCCUGGUCCACACUGGGUUUACUGUGUCAUUCAGACCAGGACUUGUGGUUAAUCUCUUGCCUCACUAGGUUGGCUUUAGCUCAGCUUAAUGAGGAGAGAGCUUAACCAUGAUUGUUGGUUCUCCAUCUUCCCUGACUAUUGGCCAUGCUUGCUGGGGGGCUGGAGUCCAGUGAUGUCUGGAAAGCCACAGGUUCUCCACCCUUAGUCUAAUCUACUAUGUUUGAAUGAUGGUGGCCCCUUUAAUACUGCAGUCCAUCGAUUGAUGAGCAUCGUGUUCAUGUUGCGAGGCACUGUUACCAACUCAGUGACAGAGGACAGACUUUGCAUCCACCCCUAGUUAAAAAGAGGAGGUGGUGGCUGAUGGGAGAGAAAGGCUGCUCUCUGUCUGCCAGCUGAUGGUGAUCAGAGUUCAUAAUCCUGGGCUAGAUGGGCACGCAGUCUGACCCGAAAUAAGGCAACUUCCUAAGUUCCUAUGAACAUGUGUGAGUGACCUAAGUAUGUAUGCCCAACUGUUGAGGUGGAAUAUAACUUGGUCUCAGAAGCAGAACUGAGCCUGCCUUUGUUGCAAGCUGGUGAAGUCCACAUGAGGGGCAACCUUGUCUCUGGAGAGUCAUGUGGCUGUAGACCAUAUAGGCAGCACCUUUCCACAAAUCACAAGUGGGGAAUGUGUGGCCCUCCAGCUGUUAUUGGGCCACAAUGUCUAUCGCCUUUAACUAUUGGCCAGAGCAGAUGUGAGUGUGUUGUAUUAGCAGUAUAAACUCUGUUAACUCCACAGAGCACCUGAAAGGCCACAUGUUCCCCAUCUCUGGCCUAAAUGUAAAGAAAGCUCUUUACAGUUCCAAAGGUGUGUGUGGCUGUCCACUGCAUGUCAGUGUCCUCAUUUUGCUCCAUCCUUCUUUGCUAUUCUUCCCUUUGGGAUUUUUUGGCAGUAGAUUUUAUUUUUUUGGAGUGAAUAGCCCUCAGGCAUUGGAACAGAGUCACUCUGCCGCAGGGUCUCAGUGUCUUCCUUGCAUCCAGCCAUCCCCAAAUGUUUUGUUUUCACCCCAGAAAGUCAUUGUGGGCUUUGUUAUUGCCUUAAGGAAGUCCCUUGCCCAAAGUAUUUAUGUAAUCAGAAAAAGGGGGUGGGGGAAGCAAAGGGUUAGAUUCAUUUUUUUCUAAAUUUAAUGGGAGAAUUUUCCCACUCUCAAUUUUUGUAUGCAUUUAAGAUGUUUUAACCUGGAUAAUGUAGAGCUCAGAAUUUGGGUUGAAUUUGCUAGAAUCCAAGCAUUCUUACACAGAAACUAUUUGGUGUAUUCUGGUGGUAUUGGUUUUCCUGCAGCCUACAAAUUAAAGCGUUAGAAGAGUCUUUACGGAUCAGAUCAAAUUCCAUCAAGUCCAGCAUUUUGUUUCAGGAUGCUGUCUAGCAGCCUACAAAAGCUCACAGGAAGAGGGCAUGAUGGUACUGAUGGUUGCCCACUUUAUUAUCCUUUCUCAGUUGGUUUAAGACAUGUUUAUUCUCUCAGCCAUUUGUAAGAGAUUGCCCUUUAAAACACCCUCCUUGUUUGUUUGUUUGUUUGUUUGUUUGUUUGUUUCUGUCUCUUUCUGGUGCCCCCUUUCCAUUUCCCUCCUCCUUGCCACCCCCAUGAAAUUAGGCCAAAAGCCACAACUUGCCCAUCCCUAGUUUAAACACUGAAGUUGCAAGGGAAGGAUGGAUGCCCUCUAUUCUUCUUUUAACAAAGACAAUUUUGCAUCACUAUCCCAAUCCCCCCCCCACACUUUUAUUUAUUGUUACAUUUAUUCCACCUUUUCUCCAAGGGAGCUCAAGGUGGGGUACACACUUCUCCACCUCUGCAUUUUAUCCUCAUAACAACCCUGUGAGGUAGGUUUGGUUGAAAGGUAGUGACUGGCUCAAGGUGGGGUUCACGGCUCGGUGGGGAUUUGAACCCUGGUCUCCCAAGUCAUAGUUGGACACUAAACACUAUGCCACACUGACUUGCAAGUUUUACAGAGGGAUGACAAGAAUGGGAUAUAAAACAAACAGGCAAGGUGAUUGAGCAGGUGGUCGCUGAACAACCCCAGGCACACCUGGAGGAUGUGGACCACUUGGAUCCCUUCCAGUCGGGAUUCAGGCCUCAUCAUGGGACUGAAACUGCCAAGGUUGUGCUGGUCGAUGAUGUCCGGUGGGACAGGGACCAAGGUGGAAGCUAUUUCCUGGUGUUGCUGGAUCUCUUAGUGGCUUUUGACACCAUUGAUCAUGAUAUCCUUCUGGACCGUCUAAAGGAGUUGGGAGCACUGUUAUACAGUGGUUCCAUUCCUUCCUCCUGGGUCUUGUCCAGAAAGUGGUGUUGGGGGAUAAGUGUUCCGACCACUGGGCUCUCACUUCUGGGGUGCCUCAGGGCUCCGUCCUCUCCCCCAUGCUUUUUAAUAUCAAUAUAAAGCUGCGGGGAGAAAUCAUUGGGGGGUUGGGCUGGGCAUUCACCAGUAUGCGGAUGACCCAGAAACUACAACUAAUCCAGAAUGCGGCAGCGAGAUUGGUGACACGGAGUGGCCACCGAGACCAUAUGACACCAGUCCUAAAGGAUCUUCACUAGCUCCCAGUACAUUUUUGAGCACAAUUCAAAGUGUUGGUGCUGACCUUUAAAGCCCUAAACGGCUUUGGCCCAAUAUACCUGAAGGAGUGUCUCCACCCCCAUCGCUCAGCCCUUACACUGAGGUCCAGCUCCGAGGGCCUUCUGGUGGUUCCCUCACUGCAAGAAGUGAGGUUACAGGGAACCAGACAGAGGGCCUUCUCCCUCCUUUCAGUUGUCAAGGAAAUAAACAACUAUCUGACUUUUAGAAGACAUCUGAAGGCAGCCCUGUUUAAGGAAGUUUUUAAUGUUUGAUGUUUUAAUAUGUUCUGAUAUAUGCUGUGAGCAUCCCAGAGUGGCUGGGGAAACCUAUCCAGAUAGGUGGGGUAUAUAUAAUAAAAUUAUUAUUAUUAUUAUUAUUAUUAUUAUUAUUAUUAUUAUUAUUAUUUAUUUGUAGGUUGGUCACCCAAUGUUGUAAGGUGCAAAGGAGAAGGAGGAAUUCCAGUCAAGGUCUAUGGAUCUUGCUCACCGCCUCCCUUCUCAAGUUAACUGUGUCUUGGUAAACAGCAUUAGGAGCUGCCAUGGUCUCUCUGGGAGCAUACAGCUAAAACAAACUGAAUUUUUCCUAUUUGUGUGGGCUGCAAACAACAUUUUCAAAUAUUAAUAACUUUAAAAAGCUUCCUCUUUACUGAGAGUAGUUACUAUUCCAAAUCUUGGCUCGGGGCACUGUGUAUAAUUAAUUAUCUGAGUUUUUUCUGAAAUAUAUAUGUGUGUAUAGGAGGCAAUAUAUUGGGGGCUUUGUGGAUUUAAACCUGAAAUAGCAGAUUCACUAGCAGAUAGCUGUCUAUGCUUUGGGAAUGAAGGAUUGGGAGGUAACCCUAACCCCCUGCACCCCAGUGCCUUUUCCUAUGUCCUGUUGGUGCUAUUCCUUGACUCUUAACUGGACUCUUGGGGUUUCUUGUCUACUUUAAUCUUCAACUAGUGGCUUAUGCAUACUCCUGGCUUGUAACCGAGUCCUCAAAAGUUACUAGCCAGGUACCUUAGCCAGGCCUUGCAUCUAUGUUAGUAAUUUUUUUUAAAAUGACAAUUUCCUAUUCCCAGGUGAUGGUUGUAUUCUUUACUGGCUUUUACCCUCUCACCAGCUGGCACAAGACUUCGUCCUUUCCCUCUAUCUCCCUUUCCCUUCUAUUGCAUGCCUUUUUUCCCCUAAGGAUGAGCCUGUAAGCAGGAACUAGCGUUUUUUUCUAUUUCUGCUCAAAUGAGUGUCUUUGGGGAAGGGUUGUAGCUCAGGGGCCAAGAAUCUGCUUUGCAUGGAGGAGGUCCCACAUUCAAUCCACAGGAAGGACUGGGAAUGUCUCCUGCCUGAAACCCCAAAGAGAUGCUGCCAGUCAAUUUAGAAAGUACUGAACUAAACGGACCAAUUACUGCCUGGCGAUUUCUUCUGAUCCUCUUAUUUGAGCCAGUGUGGUGGUGAGAUUAGAUGUUAGACUAGGACCUGGGAGACCGGGGUUCAAAUCUCUGCUCAGCUGUGAAGCUUACUGGGUGACUUUGGGCCAGUCACAGUCCCUCGGCCCAAUUUACAUCACAGGAUUGUUGUGGAGAUACAGGGGGAUAAGGGAAUGUAUAUCACCUUGAGCUUCUUGAAGGAAAAGUGGGAGAUAAAUGUCAUAAAUGACAAGCAAUGUUGAUGAACUGAUGGCACAUGGCUGUCCUGUUAUUGGGUGGGGGAGGGGGCAGAUGGGAUGGGACAGGACUCUGAGGCCAUUUUGGCCAUCCAUGCCCCUCUAUUUUACACCUUAUAUGGGUCAGGUGCAGGACAGGUAAGGAGCUGACUCAUCUGAAAGCAUAUUUGCAGAAGCACCAACCAUGAGCUGGUUGUCAGGUCUUGCAAAGCAUGUGCAUGGAACUUCUUGAGAUCAAACAAUCAGCUGUCAAGUCUUGUUGCGCAAAGUGUGGGUGGGAGGGAUUGUCACCUGGUGUCACUAUGACACCAGAGAAAUCACAAAUCCACUUCUCUGUGAAAGAGAGACCAAACUCUCCAAGUUUGCACCAUUAAAAUAAACAAAUCCUUACUUGUGUCAUUUGCAUGUCUGCCUUUUCUCCAAUGAGCCCAAGUGUGACAUAUGAAAGGGGCUGCUCCAUGUUUAUCCUCUCAACAUCCCUGUGAUAGUGUUGAACAAUAUCUGGAGGGCCACAGGUUCUCCAGCUCUGGCCUAGAUGCCACUCUGUCAUUUGAGCUUUGCUGUAUCUAACCAUGGACCCGCCAUGUCUCUGUCAUACAGAAGUCGGUUUCCUUGAUUCAGCUCAGGAAAUGUUUGUGCAGAAGUAGUAUCCACUAGCUGCAAAUAUGCGCCCAACCCCCACUGAAAUGGUCAGAUUUGCCUUUUGAUAUGAAUGGGGAUGCCAUCACCCACCCAGUUCCCCUAGUCAUUGAAUGUGACAGAACCGAAACUGGGGACGGUGCGUUCUGUCUGUUGGUGACCUGCAAAGCUGUAAGCUUUUUUGAAGUGAUGCACAUCUGUCCCCAACAUAAGCAUCCGCAUUGCAGAGAUCCAGUGUGCUGUAGUGGAUAGAUGGUUGGAUUUGGGCCAGAGACUCCUGAGUUCAAAUUCCUACAAAGCCGGGAAGAUCACUGGAUGGCCUUCUGCAAGGGUGUGUGUGUGCGCUCUCUCUGUCUCAAUUAACAUGCACAGCUGUUGAGAAGAUAACAUGGAAUAACCACUAGGUUACUUGCUACUACAUUCCACUGAAUUUCCUUAACUUGGUAAAAGUUCCUGUAAUGAUCUUCUUGUUUCUUCUUCUCUCCACCCCACCUCUCUCCCUCCUUCCUCCCCUCUCAUAGCCCAGGUGGGGAAGACCUCCUUGAUCAUGGCCCUGGUAGGCGAGGAGUUCCCUGAAGAGGUGAGUGGAAGAUGGUUCUCUUUCCUGUUGGUGUGUAAAAAAAAUCAUAGAAUCAUCAUAGACCUGCAGCCAAGAGAUUUGGCUGAUAAUAUCAACUCAGGGUGUGAAUUUACACCAUCGCCUGCCUGCUCUGUGGCUGCCUUGGUGCUCUCUGCUCCUUUGCUCAAAGUCCACAAAACUCCCUUGCCAGACCACUCCCUGCCUGCCUAUUAGCCAGCCAAGUAGCACCCAAGUGGCAUUCUGCCCUUGAGAUGUCAUAAGUUCCCCGCCCCCCCGGCUCCUUUUCUUUCUUGGACUUUUCUCCUGCCUUCUGGUCUCAUACUUCUACAGGAGACGGGGAACCUGUGGCCCUCUAGCUGCUGUGACCUGCAAUUCCCAUCAUCCCUGACCGCUGGCCAUGCUGCCUAGGGCCUGUGGAGUCCCCAAACCUGCAAGGGGCCACAGGUUCCCCACCCCAGGACCGACAGGUUUUCACUUUGAAGUCCCGCUACCUGCACUGCCUUCUUCCCUUGUGUUUCUAAGCCAGGAAUCCACAGAUUUGGUUAAGUCCAUGAGGACAUAAAAAGAACCCUUCUGUGUUAGGCCUAAGGCCCUAUCUAGUCCAGCUUCCUGUUCUCACAGUGUCCUACCAAAUGUCCCAAUGUGAAGCAGGACCUGAGCACAACAGCGCUCUCACCACUUGUGAUUCCCAGCAGCUGGUGUUUAGAAGCAUCCUGCCUUCCACAGUGAAGGGAGAACCAUUGGCAAGUAGCCACUGAGAGCCUCAUUCUCCAUGAAUUUGCCUAAUCCUCCUUUAAAGCCAUUCAAGUUUUUUGCCAUCAUGACACCACGGGGUUCCCAUGAGGACCACUCCUCCUUCUUGCUUUGGCACAUGCAAAGUAGGAUGCAAAGGAAUAAGCCUCCUUGCAAGCUUGGAGUUUGGGGAGGUUCCAUCUUUGCACUUAUGCUGCAAAUCCCUCUGGAGCUCUGUGUGAUGUCAGCGAUGAGAGACACACACACUUGGCAAGGACCUGUUUGGGCUACUUACUAAGGCCUGUGAUAGGCCCUCUUCCCACAAUUACCAUCCCUUAUGCAAUCGUUUAUGUAACUGAUCCUGCCAUGGUUCCUUGUGAAGUUUUUCUCCCAUGCAAACAACAAAAGCAAAACAGCACUUUGAUUCCUCCAUUAAAGCUGCAUGGUUUCACACCUUUUGCUCUGAGCAGUUUUAAUUGUUAACAUCUUUCAUGGCACUGGAGCAGCUCAGUCAGUGGCUAUGAGCAGCUUGCAAGAAAUGGCAAGCUAUGCUCUGGUGUGUACAUGAGAGUUGGAAGGAGUCAUUCUUUUCCCGUACUCCACUUCAAGCCAGAGCCAUCUUCGGUAGCCCAGUGACAGAGCACUUGGUUUGCAUGCAGGAGGUUCCAGGUUCAAUCCCUGGAAUCUCCAAGCAGGACUGGGAAUGCCCCACAUCUCUGAUCCCGGAGAUCCACCACAAAUUAGUGGGGACAGUACUGAACUUGAUGGACCAAUGGCCUGACUCUGUAUAAGGCAGCUUCUUAAGUUACUAAGCACAGAAUCUGGGGGGAAGGGCCAUAACUCCAUGGUGGAACCUCCACUUUGCUUGUAGAAGGUCCCAGGUUCAAUCCCCAGCAGCUCCAGAUAGGGCUGGGAAUGUCCUGCAUCUCAAAUCCUGGAGAGCCACUGCCAGUCAGUGUAAACAGUACUGAACAAGAUGGGUCAGUGGUCUACGGCAGUUUUCUACAUCACUAACACAGGCUUGUAAAUUAGCCUGCUAAGGAGGAGGAAGCUGGCAGGCAAUGCCUCUCCCUGGAUUGGUUGUAAGGAUAAAGGCAGGUCCCAUAGGGACUUGCUGAGAGCAGACUGAGGCUGGUGGGACAGCGCCCACCUAAUGGACCCUGCUCCCUGCUGGAUGGACUUCUGGUCUGAUCCAGUGAGACUGUUCUUAUGCUCUGUUUUUAUUAUUAUUAUCAUUUCUCCAUUGAUUUGAUUUGAUACCUGCCCUUCCUCAUAAGGUCUCAGGGCAGGUUACAACAAUGUGAAAAUUCAAUAUGGAAAAAAAACUGCUUCGGCUGCUGGUUUCUUCUGUCCUUUCCAGCAUCUGGCCAGGACGGUUCCUCUGGAGCAGUUACUGCUGCGGAUGUCUAUGCAACGCCCCCAGCAUUGCCCAUCUGUUCGAAAGCUCUCAAGAACAGCCACCCUCCCUGCCAUUUACCUCAUGUUCUGGGAAGGGCUGUCUUGAAUAACUCCAGUGGCCGCACUUCCCCUCUGCCUGCCGGCCUCUGAUCUGCAGCAGGCAGAUGGCAUUGGUGCCUGCCCCCCUGUUGACCCCUCUGACCCUUGCGCCACUGGUGCAGUAAGUCUCCUAAUCAGGUGCUGGGAUCAUUCUAAAUACCAUUCCCACAUUCCUGCUCCAGCCCCAGGCAAGCGGCUUAAUGCUACCCCAGCCCCAAUCCCCAGGACGCUGUCAGGUCAGUGGAUCAGGUCACUGCUUGCUGAGACUUAAGGGGCUGCAGGAGUGCUUGAAAGGGGAUUUGGAGGGAAGUGGUUCAGUGCCAUUUCUCAGGAGGGGUGAGUGGGCUGUGCCUAUUCCAUGCUUCUGCUUUCAUACUAUGCAGGCCUGAAAUUUCUAGUUCGUUCUAAAAUUCUGUUUUCAUCUAAUCCACCUACACAAGGGAGCUUCUCUCUCUAAACUCUGGGCACCUGGGGCACUGCCAUCCUCCCCCCCAAAUUGGCAAUGGAAACAUGUGUUCUUCAUCAGUUCUCAGCACAAGGAGAAUGUGCCCUGCUUACAACUGCAAGAUAGACCCGUUAAUACAGUCAUACCUCAUGUUACGUUUGCUUCAGGUUGUGCGUUUUCAGGUUGCGUCCCACGGCGACCCCGAAGUACUGGAAAGGGUUACUUCCGGGUUUCGCCACUCCCGCAUGUGCAGAUGCGCAAAAUGAUGUCACGCGCAUGCGCAGAAGUGGCGAAUUGUGACCCGCAGACGCAGGUUGCGUUCUGCUCAUGUUGUGAAUGGGCCUCCGGAAUGGAUCCCGUUUGCAACCAGAGGUACCACUGUAUUAACAGCAUAACAUUGGAAGAGCUUGGCUGCUGGAUCAAGCCAAAGGCCCCUCUAGUCCUCCAGCAACCUGUUCUCACAGUGGCCAGCCAGAUGCCCCAAUAGGAAACCUGCAGGCAAGACUGAGAGCAACUGCACUCUCCCCUCUUGAGAGCCUCAGCAACUGGUAUUCAGAGACAUACUGUGUCCGACAUUAGAAGUUGUACGUGGCCAAAUCCACGAAUGGUAAGGCUAUCUUGGGCACAAUGUGGAAAUGAUCAUCUUCCUUUCCCCCCCUCCCAGGUACCGUCUCGUGCGGAAGAGAUCACAAUUCCGGCGGAUGUCACGCCUGAGAAAGUCCCCACCCACAUUGUGGACUACUCAGGUAGGCACCCACCCCCCAAUGGGUUUAAAAGGGCUCGUCCGGGAGGAAUGGCAGGAUAUGAACUGAAUAAGUAAUAAUAAAACAAUAGAUAAAAGUCACAUAAGGCAAUCCAAGCUAGCGGCUAUCCCCAUGUCUUGUGGUAGCGAAUUCUGUUUAUAAAACUCUGCCUGGCCCAGAGAAAGCAGAUAGGGUGGUGUUAGGGUGAGGUUUUUCUCCCUUUCUGAUAACACUAGGAGUUAGGGGGCAUUAGUGAAGUUGAAUAUGGGAAGACUGAGAACAGGCAAAAUAAAGUAUUUUCACACCCAGCAUAUAGUUGAACUUUGAGACCCCUGGUGGGGCACUUCUGCUGGUUCCCCAUGCUCUGGAAGUUCAUUUGGUCUUCACCAGGGAUCCAGCCUCUAGUGUGGCAGGUCCUGCCCCAUGGAACUCCCAGGCCUUUAUUAUUCUUCCCCUCUUUAACCAACUAGCCUCUAUUGCUAUGUUCUAUGUCUUGAAUUAUGUUUUGCAGAUAUCUAUUGAUUUAUUGUAUCUAUGUUGUAAGCUGCCUUGAUAUAUGUUAUGAAAGUGCAGAUCAUAAAUGUUCAAAUGGCUAAAUAAAUAAAUAAGCCAAAGAAGCAAAACUCCCAGCAAAGGAAGAAUGGAUACAAAAACUUAUGGAAUAUGCAGAAAUGGUGAAACUUACUGGAAGAAUAAGAAAUCAAGAUAACAAACUUUUUAUAAAAGAAUGGAAAUAGUUUAUUAAAUAUUUACAGAUAAAUUGUAAACAGAUAAGAACAUUGGCAAGAUUAUUGUAAUAACCUGCAGUUUUAUAAGAGUAUAUAUUUAAAGUAGAUGAAUAAAUGAGCAAAUUAAGUUAAUUUGGAUAUGCAGAAGAUAUAAGGAACCACAGAAAGAGGGGGAAGGAAGUCAAGUUUUGAAACGUUAAAAUGAUUGUAAAAUUGGUGAAAUGUAUAAACUUGAAAAGCAUAAAUAAAAUUUAAAAAUAAAUAAAUUAGCAAGCAAGCAAGCUAGUGAUGGCCACCAAUUUGGAUGACUUUGUAAGGGGAUUAGACAGAUUCAUAGAGGACAAGGCUAUGAGUUGCUACUAGCCAGAAUGGCUAGGUUCUCCCUCUGCUGUUGGAGGCAGCAAGUCUCUGGACACCAGUUGCUGGGAAUCACAAGUGGAAAGAGUUCUUGCUCCUGUGCUCAAGUCAUACUUGAGCAUCUGGUUGUCCACAGGAUGCUUGUGUCUGGAUGGGCCACUGGCCUGAAAUAACAAGGUUUUUCUUUCAUUCUUCACAUUCCUGCCACAUCCCCAAGUGUCUUUUUGGGGCACAGUAAAGAUCCCCGACAGCAAUGUACAGUCUUUCCUUUGCCUUUCAGAAUCGGAGCAGACGGACGAGGAGCUCCAAGAGGAGAUUGCCAAGGUGAGGAAGGAAAACUUUGGAUGCAGGGGAGGCUUGUUGUAGCAGCUCCACCAGCCUCUUCCCUACAGCCUGUGCUCUGAAUUUUGCUCUUCAGGCUCAUCUUGAGCCCACCACUUUCCCUGUUAACUCUGCAAGAAUCCCAAAUAGUCGAAUCUGGAGAUUAGCGUCAUCAGUUUUGUUAACCAUUUGCCUAACCCUGUGGUUGCUUAUAAACUGCUAUAUGCCAUCUCCUUCCUCUCCUGACCCACAGCAAUGGUGUGUGUGUACAUACACCCAUACAUCCAUACAUAUGUACAUACUGGGGGCUUAGAGCUGCCAUGCCGAAUCCCAUCCAAAUCCCCCUAAAUUGGGGGAUUAAACGAUAAGCUCGCUUUCCCAAAGGGCAAGUGAUCCUGCCAUCUGCUUUUUCCUAAAAGCCAUUUGUGUUGCCACUGUCUGAGCUGAGCUGGUGGUCGGAUUUGAGCAGAGCAUGGGGAGCCCAGCAGGCAGAUGCCCUCCUUGAGCAGGGAGGGUCCGAUGUUUGGACUUUUGUUACUGAAAAGUGAGGGCUUUUCUGACCCUCUUGGUGGUUUUGAGAUGCCACCUCUCAGUUGGCAGCCUGGCAUAUUGGUUCAUACAAUGGGCAGAAUCAAGCAGUAAAAAAAAAAUUCCUGGACUUGAGCUACUCUGUUUUACCUUUUUGCUCCUUUGCAGGCAAAUGUGGUCUGCAUGGUAUACGAUGUCACGGAGGAAUCCACCAUUGACAAGGUAAGGGCUGGGAUUUCCUACCCGUUUCACAGGGGCCUGGCAAAAGUGCAGCUGUGCUUCUGCCUGACACUCUGCUGAUUAUUAGCGUUGCACACAGCAGUCUGAGGGGUGGCAAGACAUGAACUGCAAUCCAUUCACAUGGGGUUAUCAGUGGCUAUUAGUCAUAAGGGCUCUAUUUGCUGCUUACAGAAAUAGGAGGCCGUGUGCCUCAAUGCCAGCUACUGAGGAUUGCAGUUGGGAGACAGCUGUGGCCUUCAUUUUGCCUGUGAGCUUCCCAGGGGCAGGAAAUGGGAUGCUGGGCCAGGAAUGCCUUUGCUCUGCUCCAACAGGGCCAUUCUUACAUCCUUCGUUGGCAUUGGCUCUGUUGGGCAUCUGCUAGAGGUGCACCUACUCUCUUAUCGUGCUCAUAGUGGCCUGGAUCGCAUGGGCUGAUUGACAGGGGCAGGGCUGGCAUUUUUUACAGGGCCAAACUGUGUAGCAUUUAGGUGCCUGCCAACCUGUUGAUCCCAUGGGACCCUGCCAUGCCCAAGAUUCUCUUUCUGUGGCUGCCAUUGCUGUUAGUUUCCCACUUCACUUACUUGCUUUUUCCUUCUGUUUCCCCCCACCUAGAUUCGGACAAAAUGGAUCCCAAUGGUGAAUGGUGGAGCUGAAAAAUGUUCCAGGUAGUGUAUCACCCAACAAGAUGGGAUGCUACAUUUUGCCCAUGUCUGGGUCCCAGUUGCUUCCCCUGUUUUUAAAGCAGGGCUGGGGGACCUUUGGCCUGCCAGAUGUUGCUGAACUACAACUCCUAUCAGUCUCAGCCAACAUAGCCAACGGUCUGGAUGAUGGGAAUUGCAACCUAGCAACAUACGGAGGGCCAGAGGUUCCCCACACCUGUUUCAAAGCCUUCCAUUAUUCAGUGCUGGAAGCAGGCUAAGGUCUGAUUCCUGAAAGCAGAAGAUGUGGUGGGCAAACUGUUCCUAGAUUAUACAUUUCAAAGAGGAAUUCAGAGAGAAAUGAAGAAGAGGCCAAUCCUAGACCAGGUGUGAAAGACCCAAGUUUUGGGUCCUGCUCACUCUGAGUAGACCUAGCCUCUUUGUGUCUUCCCCGAGGUUUCAUAGAAUCAUAGAAUCAUAGAGUUGAAAGAGACCACAAGGGCCAUCGAGUCCAACCCCCUGCCAAGCAGGAAACACCAUCAGAGCACUCCUGACAUAUGGUUGUCAAGCCUCUGCUUAAAGACCUCCAAAGAAGGAGACUCCACCACACUCCUUGGCAGCAAAUUCCACUGUCGAACAGGUUUGGGCCCCCUUAAUAACUCUUCUGCCAGGAACAGUUGUCCCCUUCAUCUGUUGUCGGUGGGAGCCCCUGCCUAAAUUGGACAAAGCAAAUUAAGAAAUGCAGAUCCCCGUUUACUCCCCCUCCCCUCCAGUUGUUGCAUUUGCCUUGACACGCAGACUGCUCCAAAUUCUUCAGCCAGUGCUUGUGUGCCCAUUCUCGUUUCCGACGACUUUUCUCUCUCCUCACCCCACCCCCUUUCUCCCUCUUUUGUAGGAUCCCCAUCAUCCUUGUAGGAAACAAGUCCGACUUGCAGACUGGGAGCUCCAUGGAAACCAUCUUGCCCAUCAUGAACCAAUUCUCGGAAAUUGAGACCUGUGUGGAGGUGGGAAUCUGCUUGGGCAUAUGAGGUGGAGCAGGGGAAGGAUUCCUCUGAUUGGCAGCCUUCGUGGUUGUCUCAUAUCAUGCUUUUUCUUUCCCAGCAACCUCUUCUCCCUGUGCCACCCUGGGCAAAAUUUACCAUUUGAGCUGUACAGUUGUGUAUAUAAGGCUCACAGCUAUGACCAGAAUCAUGGCAAAACUGCCACAGCCAAAGUGAAUUGUCUAGUUCACAUGUUAACUUUGUCCAUUCAUGUGCAUACCUUGGGAAAUGACUGGGGUCUUUCACAUGGCUGGGAAACUUACGACACCAGUCAAACCAGCCCUUAUGACUGAGCUGAUGGUAGAAGGCAGGCCAAACGCAGCCAGUGGAUAGAAAGGACUUCCUCACCUUUGCCAUGGUCAUCAACAAAACUGAUUGGCAGAAUUGUUAUUAUUUUAUUUAUUCAUUGAAUUUGUAUGUCCCACUUCCUCUUAAAGUCCAGUACGCACAGACUGAGUUCAGUAGACUCAGGACAGAUUUUUAAAAAGUCCUGUACAAACUUAAGAAGAACUUGCUGGGUUAGGCCAAUGGCCCAUCUAGACCAGCUUCCUGUUCUCACAAUGGCCAAGCAGAUGCUUAUGGGAAGCCUGCAAGCUGGAUUUGAGCACAACAACCCUCAACCUACUUGUGAUUCCCAGCUGACAGUAGAAGCAUCGUGGGUAGAGGCCAUUGAUAGCCUUAUCCUUUUGAAUUUGUCCAGUCUUUUAAAGCUAUACAAGAUGUUGCAGAUCUGUCAAGAUCUUUGUUUUAAAUGUCAUGUAUGCAUUUAUUAAAAUUGCCCAUGGUAGUUAUUUAAACUACUUGAAGGACUCAUGGUCUCUCGCUCCCCCACUGCCACCCCAAAGCAUUAUGGGAAUUGUAGUGCUCUGAUAUAUGUGACCAUAAUUGAAAGGGAAUGCACAGACAGUGGUCUUGUCUUUCCUCUGUUGAGUUGCCCUCCAGAGUGGAAAUUAAACAGGAAGCUUCCCUGUUUAUAACAUCUUCUAGUCCUGGGCUUCUUCCUCUGUGGCCUGCCUGAAAAAGAGAUCUUGAAACAUUUCUUUCCAGCCUGUGCUGUUUGUGUUGGUUCAGCAUUCCUUUCUGCCUCUCUCAAAUUGCCUCUCUCUCCCUCCCCUCCCCUCUUUGCUCUCCCAAGUGUUCUGCAAAGAACCUGAAGAACAUCUCUGAGCUGUUCUAUUACGCCCAGAAGGCUGUUCUGCACCCAACAGCUCCUCUCUACGACCCAGAGGAGAAGCAGGUAGGAUACAUCGUCUCAGAGUCGCAAAUAGGUUUUGUACCCAGAGAGGACCCCAGCUGUCUUCUAAAGUUCUUUAGAUUGGAGAGUUCCAUCACUUCCAGGCACAUCCUACAAUGCCAGCUCAAGCUGCCUUGCAGCUGCACCUCUGAACCAGUUUGGCUCAGGAACCUGUGGCCCUCCAGAUGUUGCUGGACUACAACUCCCAUCAUCCCUCACCACUGGCCUUGCUGGCUGGGGCUUAUGGGAGCUGUAGUCCAACGACAUCUGGACAGAUGUGGGUUCUCCAUCCCCGAUGUAAUACUACAUUGAACACCAGCCCUCUCUGUUGUUCCUAGAUUGCCUGGACAAUGGCUUUGAUUUUGUCAUCCUUUCUGCCUGUAAUCAGGGCAUUCUGUGCAACGAAGAGGAGUGGAGAACCAGUGCUUCCUAUGGCCUGCUUUAAUAAAUCGUGUUCUUUUUCUACCACCAGCUGAGGCCAGCAUGCGCACGGGCCCUCACUCGGAUCUUCAAUAUGUCUGACCAGGAUAACAACCAGAUCCUAAGUGAUGAGGAGCUGAACUAUUUCCAGGUAUGUUCCCAUGUAACAAAACAAUGCAGAACAUACUUUUGGGUAACUCCAUGCAGCUUCUGGUAAAUAUCGGCUUUCCUCUUUUGCUUUUGCUACCAGUUGCUGGAAACCACAGGAGAGCAGAGUUUUCUUGUGCUCAAGUCCUGCUUGCAUCUGAAUGGCCACUGUGAGAACAGGAUGCUGGUUUAUGUAGACCAUUUAAUAUAGUUUUUGUGUGUGUGUGUGUGUGUGUGUGUGUGUGUACAGUUUUUCAUCAUUAACAUCAUUCAAACUUAAAUUCAGCAAUAUUUAUACAAUUGUGGGAUUCCCUGAACCCCUGGACUUCCAUCCUCCCCCUUCUGGUUUUCCACAGAUACAUUUUUAAAUUUUAACCGCAUCUAAUUACAUAUAUCCAACUUCAAUUAAAUCCUUAUUUAAUCCUUUACCUGUUAAAAAUUACAGUCAACCCUAUCUUACUAACAUCUUUAAAUCUUUACAUUGUUCCUUAAUGUACUCUAUAAUUUUAUACUAUUCUUUUUAAAAUUUACUGUCAUCUUGGUGUCUGAGCUUCCCAGUUAUUUUCACCAUUUCAGCAUAGUCCAUCAUUUUCACUAUCCACUUGGUUGGUCUUUCCUCUUCCUUCCAUCUCUGGGCAAAAAGCAUUCUUGCAGCUGUCGUUGCAUACAUGUAAACAGUCUUUUUAAGUCCUUUGGUAUUUCUUCUCCUGUGGUGCCUAUUAAAAAAGCUUCCAUUUUUUUUACAAAAGUUUUCUUAAACAUUUUUUUCAGUUCAUUAUAUAUCAUUUCCCAGGAUGCUCUAGCCUUCUUGCACAUCCACCAUAUGUGGUAGAAUGAGCGUUCAUUCUCUUUACACUUCCAACAUACGUUGGUAGUGUGGAAGUCAAAUACCAUCUGCACAUCAUUUUCAUAUAAUUUUAUUUCAAUGUACAGCAUGCUGUGAAUUUCAAAUCCUCCCUCUAUAAUCUUUCCCAAUCUGAUUGGUUUAUGUAGACCAUUGGCCUAAUCCAGCAAUCUCUUCUUAUCACCCCCCCCUUUUUUUUAACCUAAGCAAGUUUUUCACCCAUACAGGCACAAUUAAUAUACCUUCCUAUUUGGGGGCUGCAGUUGCCAAAGCCUCAGCAGCCAGGUGGGAUAGCUGAAUAAGAAUGUAUUUUGUCUGCCUCACUUAUAAACUGUCCUUCAUUACAUUGCAAUCCUGCGGCAAUAAAAUGGGUUAAAGACAGGCUGUAAUAAGUACAUCAGAACACGAACAAGCUAAAAAAUAGGAAACAAAUUAGAGCAGUUAAUCAUCAAGCUGAGGCCUGACACCAAGUUAAAGCAAAGAAAUCAAAAAGCGCAGACGGUGAGCAAUGCUACGCGUUCCUGAUUGCACCUCCUUAUGACAAGAGAAAUUAGAAUAAAUUUUAUGGACAGGAAGCAUGACAAUUCACAUAAAUCACAUGAUUGAGUUGCUGGAUGUGUUUUAGUGCCAGGUAUGCAGAGUCCUGUUUGCAGACAGCGGCUGAUGCCCAUCCUUUAAAAUUUAGACCUUUAAGUUUUUGCAGCCUUUUGAUCAUAAGCCUCUUAUUGCUCUGCUUGAAGUGUAACCAGUCCGGCACUUUUCCAGUUCCCUUCAUUUUCUCCACAUCUAUGUUCAUUUUUCCUGCUAUUCUAUGGAUUAAAAAAGCAACACCCACAAAAUAUAUUUUUUAAAGUCACGUUAACUGUCACACUGUUUCUUUUCCUUGGUGAAAAUUAAGUUUUGCAUUCUCAUAAUUUCCUGCCACCGAAAUUUGAAAUUUUAGCAUGGUCUAAGAUCUUAAAGUAAGCCUUCUAUUGCUUCCAGAUUGUUUCUCUGGGCAGGGUUUUAUUUGACAAUGAUUUCAGUUCACAUAAUCUGCUUUUGCCUCCUUGAUUCUUGAGGUAGAUUUUUAAAAAGAACCCCCAAAUUUGGCAGAAGGUUAUUGAAAGGUGUUUAAUCACUUAGAUGUGGAGGCUAUGGAGUAUAACUAGUACUUGUCCUACUCAGAGUAGACCUAUUGAAAUUAAUGCACACAACUAACUUAGGUUCGCUAAUUUCAGUGGGUGUAUUCUAACUUAGUUGGAUACAGCCCUAUGGCCCAAAUUUUACAUCAUUCUCUGCUGUUAGUGGACCUUGAAAGCCCUCAAGUAUAGGCAGCUCCUACACUUUGGAACUCCCUGCCGAUUGAUAUCAGGUGCCUUCACUAUACCCGUUUCGGUGCCUGCUUAAAACAUUUUUAUUUUGGCAAAACUAUCCAGACUUGUUGAAGUUACAUGUGUUUGGUUUCUUAUUAGCUACUGAUGGUUUUAAUCAGCUUUUGUAUAUUUUAAAAUACCUGUUUUUAAUCAAUAAUUUUAAUGUUUUGUUUUAUAUUUUUGUAAACCACUUAGUUUUUAUGAACAAGCAGAAUAUAAAUUUUGAUAAAUAAAAAUAAAAAUGGCUCCUGGGCUAGACUUUUGAUUGGUGAAGGACUCUAUUUUUUUCUUAAUUCGAUUCAAGAUAGCCCCAAUACUAGUUAUUUUGUCAAGGGUCUUCCUGACUUUGUGGCCUACUCCAGCAUUUGAUCCUCAUCCUACUUUGUCCUGGCUUUGCUGCAGAUCCUCUUGGGCAUCAGCUUCGAUGUUUCCAUUCAAGAGGCAACAGAAUUUGUUCUGCGCCCCCAGACAUAUGGGGAGGACAAAUGUUGCUGAUCCAGUUAAUUUGCCAUCAGGUUAAGUCCUGACUUCUUAGGAAUUUAUUCUGACAAUCAGCCGCUGGCAAUCAACAGUCUUGGUUGCAUACAACUAAGUUAUACACAGAGUAGACCCACUGAAAUUCAUGGUCAUAAGUGAAUCAUGUCCAUUGUUUUCAGUGGGUCUGCUUUGAGCAGGAGUAGGAUUGGCUAGUAUUGCCAACAACCUGCUUUCCCCAACUGUAUAAUGUUGCAGACGUGAAUUCUCCUGGUUCCUCUUCCAUGAAGCAGGUGAGAGGAGGAAAAUCACAUUUUCCAGUCAAUGGAAAAGGAACUGUAGUGUUUACCUGAGUUAGCAGCUCCAUUCUUCUCGCAAGGUGAAAGCUUGAGUCAGCAGCUAUUUGCACAAGGCUGUCAAAUUUGGUUUCUUAGCUCCAGCUUUCCUGAAAGACCCAGAUUCUAAAGCUUAUAUGCAAAUUUGUGCAUACUGGAUAAUUUAAUUUUGGGUGGGGAGGCAAGCUGCAACAGCAGAGGGUUAGCAAGUCUCUUUUUUCUCAGUUUCUGAGAUUUUACUGGGACCUGUAUUGAAUCUGCAAUUGUUUUUAUUGGGUUGUAGCCGGUGCUAGAUCUACUCAGAGCAGACCCAUUGAAAUUAAUGGGCAUGAAGUCAUUUGGGUCCAUCAAUUUCAGUGGGUCUACUCUUGAGUAAAAGGCAGUUGGCGGCAACCCAUCGUGGUGGUGUUUUUACUGUUAAAUCCCAUUAGGAUGUUUCUUUAGAAGUGAAAUAGGAUGUUUCUUUAGAAGUGAAAUAAAUAAAUGCUAUUGUCUUCCUAAAGGCUAGAAGUGCUGGCUUUCCCACCCCAAAUGCUGUGAUUCUAAAAUCGUUGAAUGUCAGAUCCCAUGAACUGACUUUACCUAACUUGGGGUAUUGUUGAAUAUAGGAUGUAAUAACCUUACAGUAGCUACUAAAGUGGUAUGGUUCUUCCUUUUGGCUCCAGUGGAAUAGGUUUAAAAAUAAAUAAACUGGAACUGCCUAUUUUCCUGAUUUGGCCCCACCUUUCUUCUCUUGGGAGGUAGAAGUCCUGCUUCGGAAAUCCUUUGGCACCCCAGGCUCUGGAAGAUGUGAAAAUGGUGGUCUGGAAAAACACAACAGAUGGAGUCCAGGACAACGGACUGACCCUCAAUGGUAACUCCAGCAGAAAACUUGCAUGCCUGGCUCUGGGGAUCAUCUUAGAGCCCAUCUUGGCGGAUCAGAAAGAGGGACAGCAGCACUGCAGAGUUGCACAGAUAGCCCAGGGGCAUCCUUUGAAGCCAGGGCUGCUCAGCCAGUUUAGACCACGUAUCCCAAGGGCAAAAUUGAUGUUGGUUUGAAACAGGCUGCAGGCAGUUGCUUUGCGUGUUUUCCUGCUUGAAUGAGCUUUCAUUUUAACAGAGCUUCCUUGUUCACUGCUGCAACUCUCUGUGUUCGUUUGAUUCUGAUUGAACAAGCUGGGGAACGAUUUAGCAGUUGCACCAGGAGAGGAAAAGUAUCAGACGAGAGAACAUGGGGAGUGCUUUUACUGCUACACAUGGGAAUAAAUUGAACGACUGAGAAGGCAGGGAAGACUCAUUGGGUUAAAUCAGGGGGUGAGGAACCUUUUUCAGCCUGGGCAGCCUUUCCCUUCUGGACAGCCGUCUGGAAGCCACCUGCCAAUAGUGGGCGGAGCCAGAGGUAAAAGUGGGCAGAGCAAUAAGUCUGAAUGUCACCUUUUGUGCAGUAAGUGAGUUUUGUCACACUGAGAUUUCCAUCCAUUAAUUAAAUAUUGUAUAGGAGAGUUUGGGAUUUAACUUGUCCAGAAUCUCCUGUGCCAAGAUCUUCUAGCUGGCAACUCCAGCUGCAGAAAUCUCACUCAUGGCCUAGUUGCGACCCUGUUACAGAGUGUGGGUCUGGCAAUAGAAACAAAGGAUAUGUGGUGCCUAUGAUGGAAGCAGUUGGAAAAGUCAGAUACAGUGUCCUAGACGAGGUCAGGGCAAACCAGUCAGAGGCACACGGUCUCACCUGUGUCAUGUGACUUUCAGUGUGCACCAGGAAGUGGCACCCAGCAGCUGAAUCUCGCGAAGAUUCGGAGCUGCUGCCUGUGUGGUGUGAGAUCACUACAGAUCAGCUUUUCUGGCAUUUCUGUUGCCAUUGCCAGCUGAUCAUGCUAUGCACUUGGGACCCAAAAUCCUUUCCUCUCUUCCAGGCUUCCUUUUCCUCAAUACGCUCUUCAUCCAAAGGGGGCGUCAUGAGACUACGUGGACCAUCCUGCGUCGCUUUGGCUAUGAUGAUGCCCUGGAGCUGACAGACGACUAUCUCUGCCCGCCGUGCGUAAAUUGUUGCCCUCUUGAAUGUUAAGGGGAAGGAGAAAGAGGGGACCACUGACAUAUGGGACAAUGGGAAGACAUGAUUCUGAACUCACACACAGGAAGCUGCCUUAUACUGAGUCAGACUAUUGGUCCAUCUGGCUCAGUAUUGUCCACACUGGCUGGCAGCAACUCUCCAGGAUUUGGGACAGGAUACAUUCCCAGCCCUACCUGGAAGUGCUGGGGAUUGAACCUGGGACCUUCUGCAUGUUGAGCAGGUGCUCAUUCUCUGUGUUCACCUUGUGAUCCCCCCCCCACCAUGCUUGUUCCUUAGCAUUUGCAAGUUUAGUUGCCAUCUGGAAAGAGUCCUUUACUGGUUUCCAUUCCUAAGUCUUGGUUUCCCCUCCUUUUGGGGUCAGUUCCAGCCAUGGGUUUCAGAGAGUGGCCAUUAUUCACCUGUUGGGAGGUAUUACAGUGGUACCUCGGGUUAAGAACUUAAUUAUUUCUGGAGGUCCGUUCUUAACCUGAAACUGUUCUUAACCUGAAGCACCACUUUAGCUAAUGGGGCCUUCCCGCUGCUGCCACGCCACCACCGCAUGAUUUCUGUUCUCAUCCUGAAGCAAAGUUCUUAACCUGAGGUACUAUUUCUGGGUUAGCGGAGUCUGUAACCUGAAGCGUCUGUAACCCGAGGUACCGCUGUACUUGGUUUUUAAAAGUCCCAGGCUUCUUGAGGACCUGCCUUGACCAGCGCUGCCCUCCUUUCUUUCAGGAUCCGGGUGCCUCAUGACAGCUCCACGGAGCUGAAUCACUUUGGUUACCAGUUCCUGCAGAAGAUGUUUGAGAAGCAUGACAAGGUGAGCUGCACAGAAGCACACACGCCUUGGCUGUGCAGAACAGUGCUGCUGCCAGUGCCACACACACCCACCCCCAAGGGUUGCAGUUCUUUGAUCUCCGCUGCAUGAUUGCCGUUGGCACUCGAGUCGCGUCUGGCUGUUUUGUGCCCUGCUUGCCCCUAAAUAGGCUUGUAGGCCAUUCCAGAGUUGAGCAAAGGGAUGUCACUUGAACAACAGCAGUGCCCAAACCUUCCCACCCACCCUGCAGACCACUUGGACAUAGCUGGUGGUCUUGACCAGUGGUCGUGGCGGGCCAUUAAAUGAUUUUUCCCUGGCUUCUGAAGCGAUCGUAUUCUGCUAUGCUAGAUGCUGUAUUGACUGUGUUUCUGUAUUGCUUAUUUUCGUAAAAUCGUAGAACUGUAGAGUUGGAAGGGACCCCAAGGGUCAUCUAGUCCAACCCCCUGCAAUGCAGGAAUCACAGCUAAAGAAUCCCUGACAAAUGGCCAUCCAACCUCUGUUUAAAAACCUCCAGUGAAGGAGAGUCCAUCCCCUUCUGAAGUACAGGCAGUGACCAAUCUGACGUGUCUAAAAUGGUUGCUGCCUGUAGUCCAUUUCACUGCUGAACAGCUCUUACUGCUUACAGCUGUUACAACUCUCUUAUCUCUUACAUAUUGUACUUCAUUGUAUCACAAUUUGCAUUCCGUAGAAUUCAGAUCGCAAUGCAAUGCAGUAUUAGAAACUGAAGGAGUAAUUUUAAAAAACCCCGCCAUUUAAAACCAAUGUGAAUAUUUAACACGGACACUUCGGGGACUGCCUGUUUGAAUCUUGCUAACCACGUGUGGUCCCACCCUGUGUGACAAUGGGUAGACUUCCAUUCGAUGGAGAGCUGCUACUCAGGUGCCCAUUUCUUUCUUCCCCUCCGUGUCUCUAGGACGGUGAUGGAGCCCUCUCUCCCGCCGAGCUGCACAGCUUCUUUAGUGUAUUCCCCUACAUGCCCUGGGGGCCUGAGCUCUACCACACGGUAUGCACCACUGAUAAAGGCCUGCUUUCCCUGCAUGGAUUCCUCUGCCAGUGGACGUAAGCGCAGCCCUUCUCUGCCUCCUCCCUCAAUCACCCUGUCCGCUUCACACGCAGCGGGCCCUCCCAGCGAUCCCAGUAACGGGCAACCUUCUCUCUGUUUGGAUUUCCCCUAGGCUGGUUGCCUACCUGGAUGUCCAUCGCUGCCUGGAGCACCUGGCUUACCUUGGCUACCCCAUCUUCUCUGAGCAGGACUCCCAGAUCCAUGCCAUCACAGGUGGGCCCCACUCCUGCUUCAGUGCCCCUUGGAAUCGGGAGGAGAGGGGACUCCUCUGUCCUGGCACAGCUAUUGCCCUUUCUGCUUGCUGCCCUCCUCUGUCGAGAGCUAUCGAGCACCUGCUUCCAUGUUGAAUGGAGAAUGAGCCUGAGCAUUGUGGGUUUUCUGUCCCCUCCAAUGGUUAUGAAGGGCAGUGGAGGCGGCUGCAUUUCAGUGUUGCCUUUGUAGAACUCGGCAGGGAGGAGGUGGGAACGAAACCAGAAUUAGUUGGCUCUGCCUGCGAUUGGCUCUGGAUCUGCCUACCGUUGUCCCCGCCUUCUGCCCCACCAGUCCCAAUGGGCAUCAGCUCCCAGUGAUCAAUGUACACUAUAAUUAUUAUUAUUAUUAUUAUUAUUUAUUAUUUAUUUGUACCCCGCCCAUCUGGCUGGGUCUCCCCAGCCAUUCUGGGCGGCUUCCAACAAAGACCAAAAAUACACUAAAAUGUCACACAUUUAAAAGCCUUCAGAUGUCUUCUAAAUGUCAGGUAGUUGUUUAUCUCUUUGACAUCUGAUGGGAGGGCGUUCCACAGGGCGGGCACCACUACCGAGAAGGCCCUCUGCCUGGUUCCCUGUAACUUAGCUUCUCGCAGCGAGGGAACCGCCAGAAGGCCCUUGGCACUGGACCUCAGUGUCCAGGCUGAACGAUGGGGGUGGAGAUGCUCCUUCAGGUAUACUGGGCCGAGGCCAUUUAGGGCUUUAAAGGUCAACACCAACACUUUGAAUUGUGCUCGGAAACAUACUGGGAGCCAAUGUAGGUCUUUCAAGACCGGUGUUAUGUGGUCUCGGCGGCCGCCCCCAGUCACCAUUCUAGCUGCCGCAUUCUGGAUUAGUUGUAGUUUCCGGGUCACCUUCAAAGGUAGCCCCACGUAGAGCGCCUUGCAGUAGCAUUGCACCCAUAAAAUCAUAGCUGCCUCCUGUCCAGCAACGACAGCACUUGCUUGGAGGCUGUGUCCCCAGCAGCAGGAAAGAAGGGAAGGCUUCAUCAUUUCACCCAGCCCCUCUUUUCUUCUGCUCCAGUUACACGGGAGAAAAGGAUUGACUUGGAGAAGGGCCAGACACAUCGGAAUGUUUUCCUGUGCAAAGUGAUUGGAUCCCGAGGAGCUGGCAAGUCUGCAUUCCUGCAAGCCUUCCUUGGGAAGAACUUGGCUGUGAGUCUAGAAGUCUCUCUUCUUGUCCUCUGCUGCCUGUUCUUUCCUGAGUGAUGAACCUGUGGGUAAUAAAUAAAAUACAAAUAAUCCCUGCUCCUCCUUCCUUUUCCAGGCCCAAAGGGAAUCCGAGGGGAAGGAGUCCUUCUAUUCAAUUAACACAGUGCAAGUCAAUGGGCAGGAAAAGCAUCUGAUAGUAAGUUUGCUCAGUUACAGUGAUCUUAAGUCCUAAAUACGGAAGUAAAUUUUUAGUCAAUUGACAUAAAAAUGUCAACGCUUCUUUCCCCGCCUUUAACCUAAGAGACUUAGGUACAUCAUCAUUCACAUAUCCAUACACACGAACAUCACUUCUGUGGCGAUUCUCUCUCUGUGACACUUGGGGAACGUCUGAUCCAUGGGCCAGUCUUGGCCAGCUAGAUGUUCCAAUUUGGCCAAUUUUCUCAAAACCACGCCCACCUGGGUCAGUGACAUCAGCUGAUGGGUGGGGUGGGAGUGAGGUUCAACUGCAGCGGCUGUUCACACCAGUUCCCUGCAGCCAGUGCAGCAACAUUUAAUCUCCUGCCCAUCAACUAAGGGGAGAGUGGGGUGUUAAAUCCUGCAUGGUGUGGCUGCUUAAGCCAGUAUGUUCCACUUACCUCUCAUAUUUGGCCCGUAGGGCCUUAUGCUGAUAAGGAUCUGGCCUGUGGCGCCAAAAAGGUUGCUUACCCCUAGCUCUGUGAUACAGUUAGUCAUUGGCUGCAAAGUGGGUUUGCCCACCUGUUCCAGAGAGGGCUGUUGAUAAGCGUUUCUUGAAUUACUGUUCCCAAGGAGGUCUAUAUAUAGUACACCACUUUUGAAAGAAGGGGGGGUGGGUUCCCAAAACAGUUUGAUGGUAUUACUUCCAAUGUCUUCUCUUAAAUGUGGGCGGGGGGGAGCAUGUCAAUUUUGAUACCCAGAGUAGCUCUUCAGAGGACGCAGUGAGUGGUCUGGGAGCAGCUAAUGUGGCAGGCACAGAUCUGGCCCGGAACCAGGGACUUCUGGUAGAUACUCAUCCGUGUAGAAGCAGGUUGUGAGGGCAGUAAAUAAAAUACUUUGCUCUUGGCUCCUGUUAACUAUUUUUUUUAAAAAAAUACUUUACCAUAUUCAUAGCUAUUAUAAUUAUUUCGUGUCAUUAAUGUAUAUGGCAUUUUAACAAGUGACAUAGAAAACAGGUCCCUGCCCCAAGGAGCUUCCAGUCUACAUUCUAGUGGGGGGGGAGAGAGAGAGAAGUAGGGGGGAAAUGAUAGGGGCAGCAGAAGCUGAAAGAACAUUGCCUAUUCAUCAUUAAGUGUACAAGUUGCCUGUGCAUCUGUUACCUGAAGUCUGUGUGUUUCUUUUGGUAAGAAGAAUGAACAAUGCCAUCCCUUGUUCAGAAGAAGUGACAUGAGAGAUAUUUUUUAUGUUAAAAGAAAGACUGUCCUGAAAUGCUUCAGAUAUACUUUCCUCCCUGUAUUUCUUGCCAGCUGCACGAGAUUAAUGUGGAGACAGAGUUUGCGAAGGCAUCUGAUGCAGCUUGCGACGUUGCUUGCUUAUUGUACGAUGUGACAGACCACAAGUCUUUCAACUAUUGUGCCAGCAUUUAUAAGGUACUCCUUCCCUUGUCCUUGCUCCCCCCUUGGCUGAGGAGCAGCUGUUCAGACUGACGGCUAGCAGUGCAAAUCCUAACUGUGUCUCCUCAGAAAGUAAGUCCUAUUGAAUUCAGUGGAGCUUACUCCCAGGGAAGCGGGGUUAGGAGCACACUUUGCUUGGCCAGUGCUUUCAAGAACAUCCAAGUAGGUUUACUGGUGGGCGACAAGUCUGCAAGCAGGGGUGAACAAGAAGUAGAUUGGGAUCUACUGGUAGAUCUCUGGAUAAUUUGCAGUUGAUCAGCAAGGGUUUCUUGGCAGCAGCAAAGCAACUUUAUUCCCCUUAUAAUUGAGUUGUGUGGUGUCACUUGGGACCUGCUUGCAGGCUUGCCAUUGAGGCAUCUGGUGAGAUCAGAGCGCAGGGCCAGAUCCAGUGGCCUGAUCCAGCAGAAAAGCCUCUCUUGAUAUUUGUUUGUUAACUAUCUCCUCUGCAGCAGCACUACAUGGACGGGCAGAUCCCUUGCCUCUUCGUGGCCUGCAAGGCAGACCUGCCAGAGACGUCGCCACAACAUGGCCUCUCGCCGGCCGAGUUCUGCUACAAGCACCGCCUGCCGCCCCCAUUUUACUUCACCUGCAGUGGGCAGGGCCCACCCAGCCUCGCCGCCUUCGCCAAACUGGCCACGGCUGCCACCUUCCCGUUAGUAACGUUCUCCUUCUAGUUAUAGUCCUCCUUAGUGGGCAGCUGGGCUUUGGUUGGGUGAAUUUUUGCCUCUGGCCUCGGCCAUCACCUGCAUGCGGCCCUUGGGGCUACCCAGAAUGGAAUGUGGCCCUCGGGCUGAGUGAGUUUCCCUAACCCUGUUUUUCAAUGCACACCCUGAAGAGGAUUUCUGUGUGACUCAAAAGCUUGCCAUCCCAGCAUCGUGAACGUUAUUUGGCCCUGGCGAACAACACUGUUGUUCUUACCCUGCAGCCGGCAUCUUCUGGGAGCAACGCUGCGAUGGCGGCUUUGGGCCUAGUCAGUUAUUUUAACAAGCCAGGAGCUUGCGAGGGAACGCGCUGCUUUUUGCCCGCUGGUAUUAGAUGUAAGCUUCUCCCCAAGGAGUAUGAUAAAUCCAUUAUUUAUAGCCAGUUAAACCAAAAAGGGCAGGGGAGAUUGAGCCAGUCUCGGGCCCUGCAUUAAGAGCUUUAUUUAUUUAUGCCACAAUUCUUAAAUCUUCCUAAUAUGCCUGUGAAGAAGAAAAGGGAGGCAGUGCAAUAAAAUUAAUGUUAUGAUGAAGGGAAGUUAGGAACGAAAUGCUCUGGGUGACUGAUGAUAUCCUUUUGUUUACAAGGACCUUUAAAAAAAAAAAUCUCUCCUUUUACCAACCAGCGUGUCUUGUUCGGUAUGGAUCACAUUUGGAUGCUGGAAAUGUAGCUGUCAGGAUGGGAGCUGUAGCUGAGUGCCUCCCCCCUCCCAUUUUUCCCUUAAGCCCUUGCUUCUCCUCUCCCAAUAUUAUUAACAACCUUGCCUCAUUUACCCCUUUGCUUCAGCUUCCUUUCAGUCUGCUUCGUGUCUAGCCCAUCCUUCUGACCAUUUUACCUUUCCCCAAACUUUGGACAAAUAUCUCACGGCUUUCCCAGGUCCUGCACCAACUUUGCGCCUCCAGACAAAGUCGGAAUGCCUGUAUUCAUUCCCGACACUUUAUGCUGAAACGUGACAGCCAUUAAGUUUGAGGUGUGUUGGUUGCUGCACUUGCAGAUAGCUGUGAGGUGAGGGUCAGGAUUGGUAAGGCAAGGCUGCGUGUCACAGCAUAGCGCCGCUUGCCUUUGCUAAGUGGUGCUUCCCUACACCGUUCCUACGUGGAAGGGGGUGCUUUCUCCUCAGCGACAAAUUAGGCUUGCUAAAUGGUCUGCUGCUUUCAGGCUUUCAGACAGUAUUCCGUAGGACUAGCAGCGUAAACAACCCUUCCUGCCUAACCCCCUUCCCCUCCCUAGGAAAACGCAUAAGAUUCGUGCCAGAGGCAGAGAUAGAUCACUGCUUUUUCAAGUUGGAUUCCCUCCCCCUUUCAUGUGGGUCUCCAUUAAUGGGAACAGGUGCCACAGCAGCAUGACCUAGAAAGGCACAACUAUAGCUCUUUUCUGCUACAAAUUAUUUAGAACUUGCCACACUAUUUAUACCCCUGCUAGGUCAAAGUGUUAGCGUAAUGCCUCUGGCCCAGCCUGCCUGGCGUGUAAAUAACGAGUGACUGUGGGAAAGGACCCAUUAGUAUUUUGUUUGCGAGACUCCAUGCUUUCUUUUAAAAAAACAACCCCAACAACCUAACAUUCUGCCUUCAUAAAGAGAAAUGGUUCAGGCCACACUGUGCCUUUAAAGCAUUAUGAUGCCACUUUAAACAGUCAUGGCUUACCCCAAAGAAUGCUGGGAAGUGUAGCUUGUUAUGGGUCCUGAGAGUGGUUUAAUAGUCCCUCUUCCCAGGGAACCCUGGGAAUUGUUGUAGCUCACUUUGAGGACUAGGGGUCUCCUAACAAUGUCCAGCCCACUUAAUAAACUACACUUCCCAGCAUACUUGGGGGAAAGUCACGACCAUACACCUCCUCCUCCUUCCCUCCAACCCCAGUUUGUGUUUAUCAUUUGGGCUGAAACGCUGCUUCCCUUUUUUGCCUCUCAGGCACUUGAACGACAUCAACCUGGGCACCGCCUCUUUCUGGAUCCGGGUAGCUUUGGGAGCUACGGUCGCCGCCGUUGUGGGAGUCACACUCUACAAGGUGAUGGCGAAGAAUAAGUGAAAUAAGAGGAGAAGCGGGGCCUUCUCCUUCUUCUCCUCCUCCUCUGCCAUUUCUCCACCCGAAGGUAGAACACCAGCUUCAUUUGCACACCCAGGAAGAAAUGGAGGCCAGGGGAAGAAGACAGCACACACACACCUCGCCGAAGACUGGAUUCCCCUCCUCCUCCCUGACUCUCCCUGCAGGGCAAGGUGGUGUCGGAGGAAGACGACCAUUGCACCAGCAAAAGCAGAAAUAGUCCUAGAGUCAUCCAGCUGGCAUGGGCAGGACUCACCUUCUCAUUCCACCCAUUUCCUCCCAUCCCCAAAAAGUACAUUUCCCACACUCAGGGAGUGCUGACACUGUCCCCCGCUCCCCGCUUUCCUUCCAGCUAUAGCUUUAGGAAAUCCACUCUGCUGCUUGACAUAUCUCAAGGCUCCCCUUAACUUUUUACCGCAUCUGAUUGUCUUGCAGCUAAAUGGCUUUUUAAAAAAACAAAAACAUUUCUUUCGGUGGGGGGAAGCUCAAGGCGGCACCUCAGGAAAGCUGUCUGCGCCGUUGCGUCCCUGGUUCCUCUCCAGCAGCAGGAGGACCGUCCAGCCAACCUCUUCUCCAGCGUCUUGUUUCUGCAGCGAUGGGUUUUCGGUACACUAUUUCCAUCCCAGGAGAGCUCAAGGGCUUCCGGGACAUUUAAUUCUUCUUGGAGCACCGUUUGCAUCAGGGAGCUUCGCACACAGGCCUCUGUUGGGACGUAACUGACAAGAAGGAGGCAGCAAAAGAAGGCCACCAAGGCUGCAGGUGGUAGCUUAAAAGAUGGAGUCUUAAGUCUGAUCUCUGGCAUGCUGCCCUCAGGCACAAUGUGCCUCCCGGUACUCUCUCAUCUUUGCGCCGUGUCCUGCAUUUUGAGUGGUUAUACUGGGUCUCUUGCUAUGGGCAACCUGGAAGUCCCCCUCUCCCCAGGGCCCCGGUUGUCCAGGGUAGGCCAAGGUAACUCCUCUGGGCCACACUGUGAGGAAGAUACUCCCCCCAAAAAGCCUACUGAGGGACCCAAAGGCGGUUUAGGAAGCCCCCUGUCUCUUCCUCAGUGUGUCUGGUUGGCUGUCCUCCUCAGCAGUCCCAGUUUCUGUUUUAGACCGCAACAGAUUAGGAAAGAAGAGGUAGCUGUGGCGGUGGUGUUGGAGGAUGGGGAAAUGGCAGUACAUCCCAGAGUGUGUUUCGGUCAAUAGUAGGGCACACAUCAUUUAACAGGCCCACCAUUCCUCACCCCAUCAGGAAGAGUGUCACCAGGGCAGUUUUUGUGUGUCACACUCCCUUGUUUUGAAGGCGCCAGGACAGAUAAAGAGGUCUCUCUUUCCAGUAGGGUUUGCUCUUGCAGUGGCAGGGCUCCCUCUCUCAAGCCCUACUUUUUAAAACUUACCCUUUGUUUUAAAAUAGUUGUGUAAAUAUGUACAUGGUAAACGGAGCAUAUUUCUGCAUCCCUAGGAAACAGCUCGGAUAAUAUUUUUUUUAAAAAGGAAUCUUUUAGCAGCAGAUGUAAUAAUCAACUCUUCCUGCACACUUAACGUGAUGGGCAAGGGGUGUUGGUUGUUGGGUUCCUCCCCUGUGCUGUCUCCACAUGGGGAAGUUUCCAUCUCAACCCUUCUCCCUGCAUGCUUUUGGGAUGCAAACUGCACAUAGAAUAAAGAUACCUCUCUUCGGACUGAGCUAUGCAGGCAGGACCAGUUCCACACAAGGGGAACCAUUAAAUGUCAGGAGCUGGAAACCUUUUGCCCUCCAGCUAUUGGUGAACAGCAUUGCCCAUUGGUCUCAGUCGGCACGGCCGAGAGGCAAGGCUGAUGGGAGAUGUUGUACAAUAACAGCUGGGUUGCCAAAAGGUACCCCCCCAAAAAAAAACUGGUUCAUGUGUACCAAGAUACAGGUAGAGAUGAGAAGCAACUAUUGCCACAGUGAUGGCGUUCAUUCCCUGUCCACAGCUACAGUGCUUGCAAAAACCAUCCCAGCUCUUCCCACCUGCAGCUGGGCUAAUUCUGCUGUUUCCUCUCCCCCCACCCCAAUAGGAUUGCUUGCAAAUAGGCACUCGUAUAUCAGGUGAGCUUUGUGAACCGCCGUUCUAUCAACGCCAAGGAAAUAAAACUUACCAGUAUUGGGGAUUUCCAGGUAGAUCCUUUUUUUGCCUGACUUUUUUUUUUAAGAGCUUGGGGUAGGGGAGCGGCAAUAAGACCAAUAUACCACAGUGUCCGUUGCUCAUCUCCCACCUGCUGUAGAAGGGAGCGAGCUUCAGAGGACUGGACAGCAUUAGCCCCUUUCGCUCCGGACAGUUUAAAACAAAACCUGCUUUUAAAGCAUUCCCCUUUGUCACCGCCUCGCUUGCCAACUGCCAGCCGCAGAAGAGCCUAAAGUGGUGUUAAUGGGAGCGCCAGGCAGGCUAGCCAACUUCCUCAUCUGACACGUACAUCAAUUUAUUUCCCAGUGACUGCCAGCACCCCAGUCCCAGCCCUUCCCUCUCCCAGUAGUUUCCUCCCGAUGCUGCAUUACGUAUUGCAGUCUCAUCCAGGACGUAAUGCACUCUCAUCCAGAAGCCUUGACAGCCAGUCCGUUGGACCCUGGGAGUAACAAGGAGAGUGUGGGGCAGUGGCCCAGGGCAGUGGGGGGGAAGAGGGGGACAGAGAGCCUUGGGUCUGGAAGAGCUCCUUCAAGAUGGCCCCCAGCCAUCUUUCACUAGGAUAUAUUGAGAUGUGUAGCUAUCAGCACAGUUCUAAUUGUCGGCCUAGAAUGGUGCUGCUGGAUCCCUCAUUGGGCGACACAAGUCUAUUCUUUUAAGGCCCUUCCCAGUAAAAUCACUGACAGUUGGAUUGUAUAGCCGUGGGAAGACCGCACUGUAUCAUGGUUCCCUUAAGCAACACAGUGUCUCCACAGCCGGCUGCUGGUGCUCAGCGUCGGACACAGCUGUCGACUGAGCCUGGCUCACCUGUAUCUACCAGGCAGCUGAUCAAUCCAGGAAAUGUUUACUUAGCACGGCCUUCACCAAGCUGGUGCCCUCCAGAUGUUUUGGAUUACAGCUCUCACCAAGGAGAUGCCAAGUGCUCCCUGGUCACAACCACACCUGACGCCGUUGCUGUUUGUGUUGUCCCCCACCCCACCCCCAAUUCCUGCCUCACAGCAUUGGGUAGCAGAACUGCACACCACAAUGGCAUCAUGACAGUGGGAGGGGUGGGGGCCUUUGCUGUGGGGCUGCCAAUUUUCUGUGGCAGCUCCAGAUUCCUUGUAGCAUGUAGGUCCCCACCCCCCAAGUCCCCUUGGUCAAACGAGUGGGGAAACCCUCGUAUCUCUUUCACUGGAGUUUUCCUCUCGGUAAUCUAUUUUUGCUCUCUAUAUAAAUCUCUGGCUUGCCCCAAAGAGAAACCUCUCUGCUCCACAGGCCUUUUGUUUCUCCCUGCCCCGAGGCUCCUCUUUCUGCUGGGAAAACCUUAAGCAGGGAGCCAAAUUUGAUGGUUACAUCUUAAGUCUUCCGUGCCCAUGCUUUUCAGAUGCGGUUUUACAACAUGUUGAAGGACAGGACCGAGCCUGUACUUUUACAGCUGGUUUUGAAACAAAAUUCUAGAGCCCUCCCUCUUUGGUGCAAAACGUGCCGCCUUGCACUGUUUCAGAAUGUGUGAAUGACAUUCAGGGUCCUCUUUGGGUUUUCCUAUAGCACCACACGCACACACAGAGACUGUCUGCAAGCAUACUGGGAAUGCUUUUCAACUAAGCAGGAGAUCCACAGAGAUCCCAUGGAUCUGCUUCUUCUGGGAAAGAUGUCUGCGGUGGUUAGAGCAGAUGAUGGCAUUUUGGACUCUCCUAAACAAUCACUAGGUGACUCAUAUUGUGCUGCCAUUUUGCCUAUCAGCAAAAUCGUCCGCAGAUAUUCUGGAGCUAUGAUGCGCUAAGCCUCAAGUUGCCACUCCCCCUCUGCCAGCCUUGCUCCUGGGCCUUUUAAUGCUAGGCUUGCAUGCAGAUGAUGGGCUUUUUGAGGCAUGGAAAUAGCCAAAGGAAAAGCUGCGCCUAGUAAAUUUCUGUGCUGGGCUGUUGCUAAAAUCCAACAACAUCCAGAGGGUGCUUUAGAACUUGAAGAAAUGCCUAAGUGUGGGGAAAAGGCCUGGCUUAAGAGUGAUGGUUAAAGAGGUCGUGGCUGGACUGUGGGCAAAGCGGUGAUUUUGUAGGCCAGGGUUUGGUCCAUAGGUUGCUGAUUAUCUAAUGGCACUGAGCAUUGCUCAUUGACUGAUAAAGGAUCCAGCAUAU